UUCAAGAUUCGAAACUUGGGUUAUUCCCGUGUACAUUGAUAUUUAUUAUAUGUACAUAUGUACACAUUGGUAUUAGCUUAUUAGAUUAAAUUUGGAAUGUCGCUAUGUAGAUGAUUUGUCGCUGUCGUUAUACGUACGUACAUAUUGCACUAGAAUUCCGUACGUUGCAACGAUAAGUUAACCAAUUGCAGUUGAGAAUGGUUGACAACAAGCUCGAGACCGAAAAUCCGACGAACGAGUGAGUGACAAGAACCUUUUAUUCUUUGGUCGACAGUAGCCGGAGAAGGCGUUCAAGUAGGUGACACUUACAGAAGGGAGAAAGAAAAGCUUGUGCUAGAUAGGCACAGCAUCUUGCCGAUGCGAACCUACCAAGUGAAUGUAACGUAACGUAACGUAACGUAACGUAACGUAACGUAACGUAACGUAACAGUAACAGUAACGACUAUCAAAGUAACAUCCUCUCUGAUCGACCAUAUCCAGAAUGGCGGCCAGAGCGUUGACAUCCAUUCUACGAUCACGAAAAGGAUUUAUUGGAUUAUGGAACGAGAAAGGACUGUGCGCUACUGCUUGCAGGACAGGAAAUUCGUUCUGCAUAGGAAGUCAGCAGCGGGACGCUCAUAAGUAUUAUCCGUCCUGUGAGGAACUUGCGCGGGCAGUGGAGUACGAAAGGUGCUACUAUCCAAUUAAAUCCUACUGGGAUAAAUACCUCACCAUUACAAGCAACAAGGCAGAUCUUAAAAACAUGGUCAUCAAUUUUGGACCUCAACAUCCAGCCGCGCACGGUGUACUGCGAUUGAUUUUAGAGCUCUCCGGAGAACACGUCCAACGUGCCGAUCCACAUAUAGGUCUUUUGCAUCGUGGUACAGAAAAGUUGAUAGAAUACAAAACCUACAUGCAGGCUUUACCUUAUUUCGAUCGGCUGGAUUACGUUUCUAUGAUGUGUAACGAAGAGUGUUUCUCCUUGGCUAUUGAAAAAUUGCUGAACAUAGAAGUACCGUUACGAGCGAAAUAUAUUAGAACACUUUUCGGUGAGAUUACAAGAAUCUUGAAUCACAUUAUGGGCGUUGGAACGCAUGCGUUGGACAUCGGCGCUAUGACGCCUUUCUUCUGGUUGUUCGAAGAGCGGGAGAAGCUGAUGGAGUUUUACGAGCGUGUCAGCGGUGCACGAAUGCACGCCGCUUAUGUCCGUCCUGGCGGUGUUUCAUUGGACAUGCCGCUCGGUUUAAUGGACGACAUAUACGAAUGGGCGUCAAAAUAUGCGGAACGUUUGGACGAGGUAGAAGACAUGCUGACCUCGAACAGAGUUUGGAUUUCUCGCACACGCAACAUUGGAGUACUAUCUGCGGAGGAUGCGCUGAAUUGGGGUUGUAGCGGAGUAAUGUUGCGCGGCUCGGGAAUCAAAUGGGAUUUGAGGAAAGUUGCUCCUUACGACGCUUACGAUCUCGUGGAUUUUGAUGUUCCUAUUGGCAAACAUGGCGACUGUUACGACAGGUAUCUUUGCCGCAUCGAAGAGAUGCGUCAAUCGCUGCGGAUUAUAUAUCAGUGUCUAAAUAAGAUGCCACCGGGCGAAGUUAGAAUAGACGAUGCGAAAAUAGUUCCGCCGCGACGAGAGGAAAUGAAGACCAGUAUGGAGGCUUUGAUCCAUCAUUUCAAGCUGUUCACGCAAGGUUUUGCCGUGCCUCCGGGUGCCACCUACACCGCGAUCGAAGCACCGAAGGGAGAAUUUGGGGUUUAUCUUGUAAGCGACGGUAGCAGCAAGCCUUACAGGUGCAAGAUCAAAGCUCCGGGCUUUGCUCACUUGUCCGCGUUGCGUCAUAUGGGUCCGGGUUGUAUGGUCGCCGAUAUUGUAGCGAUCAUCGGCACCCUGGACGUUGUUUUCGGCGAAAUCGACAGAUAAUUCUAGAUUUAGCAUUCCACCGAGUAUUCUAUGUUUCUGUAGCGUCGCCGUUUUUGUAGGAUCUAGCAAAUAAAUCGGCUUCGUUGAUAUAACAAAA